GUUCUUCCAUGGGUUUGGUGCCUACUCAUAUUCCAAUGUUGUUUUCUUAAAGGACUUGCGCAUUAUUGGACACAAGUAACGAGCAGUUGUGUGUGAAUGUUAAAGGGAGGAAGGAGGCAGAGCCAACCAGCCCACCAGUGACAUACGCACUUGUUACAAUCCCCCCGCUUUGUUGUAAAACUAGAAGAAAAUCGUGAAUUUUCUUGAGUUCCACAAGGCGCACAUACACAUUUACUUCGCAGGCACACAAGCGAAAGGAUAUGAAUAAUUUUCGACAGAACUUAGAACUGCGUUGUUGAAAACGGUCUACGGUAACGGUUGCGAAAAAAGCAGAGAAACGUUUUCACACAAAAAGUUAUUAAAAUAUUUAAAAAAAAAAAUAAAACCAAAAUAAAGUGCAAAAAGUAAAUUAAGGAAUGUCAAUGAAACCUAUGACAAAAGGGGCUAUUUUUCUAAAGUGAAGAAACAACCAAAGAAACCAAUAGAAGCCCCAAAAGCUGAAAGUGAAAAUUUAAGAUUACAAAAUAGUUUUGCUACUAUCUCUCUACCACUAACACAAAUCCCAUAGAAUCCCAGUUAAAAAACGGCUUGCAGUGCAUGAAAAAAAGCUAAAACAAGGAAUUUAAUAUUUUCUAUAUAUUAAAGAUCAUACAGCACAACACAUUUUCAUCCCCUCGACGUAUUAGGCCACUUUUGGGCCUCUCACCGCCAAGAUGUCUUCGGUUAAAGUGGCGGUUCGAGUGCGUCCCUUCAAUUCGCGGGAGAUAGGACGAGAAUCAAAAUGUAUCAUAGAAAUGUUUGAUAACACCACAACGGCGAUCACAAAUCCCAAAGUUCCACCCAAUUCCAGUGAGUCGGUCAAACGUUUCAAUUUUGAUUAUUCAUAUUGGUCACAUGAUCCCAAAGAUCCAUGUUUCUCCACACAGUCCAUGGUCUACAAGGACAUUGGCGAGGAGAUGUUGCAGCAUUCCUUUGAUGGCUACAAUGUCUGCAUAUUUGCCUAUGGCCAAACGGGGGCAGGUAAAUCAUACACCAUGAUGGGUAAACAAGAGGAGCAUCAAGAGGGUAUUAUACCCAUGAUAUGCAAGGAUUUAUUCAGGCGCAUAGCCUCCACAGAAUCAGCUGAUCUGAAAUACUCGGUUGAAGUCUCCUACAUGGAAAUCUAUUGUGAGCGUGUGCGAGAUUUAUUGAAUCCUAAAAACAAAGGCAAUCUGCGAGUACGCGAACAUCCUUUGUUGGGUCCCUAUGUUGAGGAUCUAUCUAAAUUGGCUGUUACCAGCUAUCAAGAUAUACACGAUCUCAUUGAUGAGGGCAAUAAGGCCCGCACAGUGGCAGCCACCAAUAUGAAUGAGACCAGCUCGCGUUCCCAUGCAGUGUUUACCAUAUUCUUUACCCAGCAGCGUCAUGAUACCAUGACUGAUUUGAUAACAGAAAAAGUUUCAAAAAUCAGUUUGGUCGAUUUGGCAGGUUCCGAACGUGCCGAUUCUACAGGUGCCAAGGGCACACGUCUUAAGGAGGGCGCCAACAUCAACAAAUCAUUGACUACGCUGGGCAAGGUUAUCUCUGCCCUGGCAGAAAUUGCUUCCAAAAAUAAGAAAUCCAAAAAAGCCGAUUUCAUACCUUAUCGCGAUUCAGUGCUGACUUGGCUGUUGCGUGAAAAUUUGGGUGGCAACUCCAAAACUGCUAUGAUAGCAGCCAUAUCACCGGCCGAUAUUAACUACGAUGAAACUUUGAGUACUUUACGUUAUGCUGAUCGCGCCAAGGCGAUUGUCUGCAAAGCUGUCGUCAACGAGGAUGCCAAUGCUAAACUUAUACGUGAACUCAAAGAAGAAAUUCAAAAGUUGCGCGAUCUUUUGAAGGCCGAAGGCAUUGAAGUACAAGAAGGGCCUGAUGGCAAAGUGGUUUGUGAAAAACGCGAUACAAAUAAAGAUGAAAUCAAAGGCGGCGGAGGUACUGGCGGCGGUGGAACUAUUAAAUCGCCCAUCAACAAUCGCAAUCGUAAUGGUUCGACCACAGAAAUGGCUGUGGAUCAAUUGCAGGCCAGUGAGAAAUUGAUUGCAGAGCUUAAUGAGACUUGGGAAGAGAAACUCAAGCGUACCGAAGAGAUUCGUUUGCAACGUGAGGCUGUCUUCGCCGAGAUGGGUGUGGCCGUUAAAGAGGAUGGCAUUACAGUUGGUGUCUUUUCGCCCAAGAAGACUCCACAUUUGGUGAAUCUCAAUGAGGAUCCCAAUCUAUCGGAGUGUCUUUUGUAUUACAUCAAGGAUGGCAUUACCCGUUUGGGUACACACGAGGCUAAUGUACCACAGGAUAUACAACUCUCGGGUUCGCACAUUCUAAAGGAGCAUUGCACCUUUGAGAAUCGUAACAAUCAAGUGACCCUAAUACCACACAAAGAUGCUUUGGUCUAUUUGAAUGGUCGCCAGCUAAUGGAACCGGAAGUUUUGCGUACCGGCUCUCGUGUCAUCUUGGGUAAAAAUCAUGUAUUUCGUUUUACCAAUCCCGAUCAGGCUAGGGAGAUACGUGAGAAAAUUGCCGAGAACACAGAGAAUGAAAAUGAGAAAUGUGAUACACAAGAAGUGGAUUGGAAUUUCGCUCAGUGUGAAUUGCUGGAGAAACAGGGUAUUGAUUUGAAGGCAGAAAUGAAGAAACGUUUGGAUGUUUUGGAGGAACAGUACAAGCGUGAGAAGUUGCAAGCUGAUCAAGAAUUUGAAGAGCAGCGUAAGUCCUAUGAGGCCCGCAUUGAUGCUUUGCAAAAACAGGUGGAGGAGCAAUCCAUGACCAUGUCCAUGUACAGUAGUUACACUCCUGAAGAUUUACAGGAUGAGGAGGUCUAUUCCAAUCCAGCUUAUGAAUCUUGUUGGAGUGCCCGCGAAGCUGGCCUAGCUGCCUGGGCUUUCCGCAAAUGGCGUUAUCAUCAGUUCACCUCUUUGCGCGAUGAUUUAUGGGGCAAUGCCAUAUUCCUUAAGGAGGCCAAUGCCAUUUCUGUGGAAUUGAAGAAGAAAGUUCAAUUCCAAUUUACCCUACUCACAGACACUCUCUAUUCACCUUUGCCCCCAGAGUUGGCCUCUUCGGCUUCACCACUACAAGUUGAAGAUGAAUUUGGCACACCUCCAGUGUCCAAGACCCUGGUAGCCGUUGAGGUUACCGACACCAAAAAUGGUGCUACUCAUUACUGGUCUUUGGAGAAAUUACGUUAUCGCUUGGAAAUGAUGAGACAAAUUUACAAUGUGGAAUCACCACCAUCAUCGAUGCUCUACGACACCUCAGCCAUAACAGAUGGUUUGACAAUACAAAACUAUCCUUUAAAUCCAAACACCAUAACUGCUCCUUGUCAUCCCUAUUCAUCAACGUCCUCGUCGUCGUCGACCACCUCAUCAUCGUCGAUAUUAAACGAUGGCAUCGGGGGUAGUAGCACUACCGAAUGUUGCAAUCGUCUGCAAGAUUUUGGCCUAAAUGGUUAUUUGGGAAAUGUUGUCAAGCAACAUCAGCCACCUCAGCAGCAUCUGCAGCUACAAAGGCAUCAGCAACAGCAGCCACAGCCACAGCAGCAGCAACAACCAGCACCACCAUCUAAAUCUAAUCAAUUGAAAUCAAACAACAACUCACCAUCCCGUCUAUCAUUGGCAAAUCUUAUGCCUUCUAGGCAACGUUUGGAGCUAAUGCGUGAAAUGUAUCACAAUGAGGCUGAACUUAGUCCCUCAUCGCCAGAUUACAAUGUUGAAUCUCUAACAGGAGGUGAUCCCUUCUAUGAUCGUUUUCCUUGGUUCCGCAUGGUGGGACGUUCGUUUGUAUAUUUGAGUAACCUUUUGUAUCCGGUGCCCUUGGUGCACAAAGUGGCCAUUGUCAAUGAGCGUGGUGAUGUAAGGGGUUAUUUGCGCAUAGCUGUGCAACCGGUUUUGGAUGAAGAGUCCCUGGAUUUCAAUAAUGGCGUCAAACAAUCGGCCCGCUUGAUUUUCAAUGAGGACGAUGCCAAGCCCCGUUAUCGCGCUCUAAAUGAAAAGGAUGAUGUCCAACGUUACAUUGAGAAUGGUAGUGGUUUAGAUAGCAAACUUGAAGAACUGGGCGAUGUUGAUUCUGGCCGUGGCAUUGAUUCCAAUUCGGCCUCUGAAUGCCAAGAGGCUCAAGAUGAACCUGGUGAACAUUUACAAAUUGGCAAAGAGUUUACAUUCCGCGUUACCGUCUUGCAGGCAACAGGCAUUGGUGCUGAAUAUGCCGAUAUAUUCUGCCAAUUCAACUUUUUACAUCGUCAUGAGGAGGCAUUUUCCACAGAACCGGUUAAGAAUUCAGCAGGUGAUCGCUUGGGUUUCUAUCAUGUGCAAAAUAUAACGGUUCCAGUUACCAAAUCAUUUAUCGAAUAUUUGAAAACACAACCGAUUAUGUUUAAAGUGUUUGGCCACUAUCAGACACAUUCAUUGCAUAAGGAUGCUAAACAGGAAUUCGUAUCGAGACCACCACCAAGACGCAUGUUACCACCAAGCAUACCCAUUUCACAACCAGUGCGUAGUCCUAAAUUUGGACCACUACCAUGUCCUCCAUCGUCAACGGUCUUGGCAAAACAUGAUGUUCUGGUGUGGUUUGAAAUAUGCGAAUUGGCGCCCAAUGGUGAAUAUGUACCGGCGGUUGUUGAACACAGCGAUGAUCUUCCUUGCCGUGGCCUAUUCCUAUUGCAUCAAGGCAUACAGCGACGCAUACGCAUAACCAUCGUCCAUGAGCCCACUGCUGAAGUGAAAUGGAAAGAUAUUCGUGAAUUGGUGGUGGGACGCAUACGCAAUACCCCUGAAUCAUCGGAUGAUGAUGAGGAUUCAUGUGUGUUAUCACUGGGUCUAUUCCCUGGCGAAGUGAUCGAAGUACCUGGUGAUGAUCGCUCGUUCUUUAGAUUUGAGGCUGCCUGGGAUUCUAGUCUUCAUAAUUCGGCUUUGUUGAAUCGUGUCUCACAGGGUGGCGAGACCGUAUAUAUAACACUGAGUGCUUAUUUGGAGUUGGAGAAUUGUGCUCGCCCAGCUAUAAUUACCAAAGAUUUGAGCAUGAUCAUAUAUGGUCGUGAUGCACGCACCGGUCCACGUUCUUUGAAACAUCUCUUCUCUGGUCAAUAUCGCAACCCCGAGGCCAAUCGUUUGUCCGGCGUCUAUGAGUUGUCGUUAAGAAGGGCAUCUGAUGCAGGUAGUCCAGGUGUACAACGACGACAACGUCGUGUUCUCGAUACAAGCUCAACCUAUGUCCGCGGCGAAGAAAACUUACAUGGCUGGCGUCCACGUGGCGAUUCGCUCAUAUUCGACCAUCAAUGGGAAUUGGAGAAACUCACACGCCUUGAAGAAGUAGGUCGUGUCCGUCAUUUGCUAUUAUUACGCGAACGCUUGGGCAUGGAUACAAAUCCAAAUCCCACAACAAAAACCGAAAAAGAUGUUUGCAAUCUGGCCGCUAAAGCAGCAACAUCGCCUGUACAUAUGGUGAUACCACCAUCGCCACAAACACCAGUCAAGGACUCACAACAGAUUGUACCCGAGCGUGAAUACAAUGAGCGUGAAAUAGAACUGAUGAAUAAAUGCUUAAAACUUGUACAAGGACGUUCCAGCAAAUCAGAGAAUAAUGAUAACCAGACACAAUCGGAUGUAUCGCCCAGCGAUGAGGGAUGUGCCGAUAUGACCGUCAGUUGUAUAUCCAGCAGUUCUAUAGAGUUAUGCUCUCCCGAUCGUUCAGAUGCUCCCAAUGGCUGGGAGGCUCCUGCUCCAGCCACUCAACCAGCUCUACCCUUACGUCUUUAUGUGCCCGAGUUGGAGGAAAUUCGUGUCAGUCCUGUUGUGGCACGCAAGGGUUUGUUGAAUGUCUUGGAACAUGGCGGUUCUGGUUGGAAGAAACGCUGGGUGAUUGUCCGCCGUCCUUAUGUCUUUAUAUACAAAUCAGAAAAAGAUCCCGUGGAACGUGCAAUUUUGAAUUUGGGCACCGCCCAGGUUGAAUGCAGUGAAGACCAAGCAGCCAUGGUUAAGAUACCCAAUACAUUCAGCGUGGUGACUAAACAUCGUGGUUAUCUAUUACAAACCUUGGGCGAUAAAGAAGUUCAUGAUUGGCUGUAUGCCAUUAAUCCAUUGUUGGCUGGACAAAUCAGAUCACGUUUGGCCCGACGCACACAAGAGACCGCCUCACAGACAGCCUCACAAAUUCAGGCUACCAUUGCCACAAAUACUGGUAGUAAUAAUAAAUGAGAUACGAUUACGAUGGAAUCCGUUUUAGUGUAUUAAAAUCAUACAGUUACACGCAACGCCCCCCCACUACUUCUAACCAACAACACAAACUCUACUCUCUAAACAAUAGAACUAAAAAAAAGCGAAAAUUCAACUUAAUUUGAAAGUUAAGUAAGAAAAGUGUAAGUUGUUUGAAUGAUUGAUUAAUCCAUGAACAAAGGCAAGAUGUGUUAAAAAGUGCAAUAACUCGAAAGAGCAGAGGCAGGCUAAGAAGGCAGGCACUCAGUUCAGUUUCCAAACCUUAAAAGCCCUGAAGACCCCAGACAGUAAACGGAUUCCAUCGAUAAUAUGAACAAAUAAAACAAAAUGUUGUAGUAAAAAUGCUAAACAAGAAGAAAAUGAAAUUGAAAUGCCGGCAUUGAGAUGUUUACAUUUAUAUAAGAAUUAAGCAGAAAAAGAAGAAGAAGAAGAUGUAUAAGAUUAAGUAAAGCAUAUACAGCAGAGAAAUAAUAAGAACAUGAAUAUAUAUGAAGAAAUUAUUGAAAGAAUAUAUUAAAGCAAAAAAAAAAAAAACAAAACCCCUCCCCCCAAAAUAAGAAAAAAAUACUAACAUUAAACUUAAGAAAAUCCAUGUAUUUUACAAAAUAUAAGAAAACCCCCAAAAAAAAAUGAAGCAUCAACAAAGGCAACAAGUAAAAUUAUUUCAACAAAAUAAUGCAUCAUAUAAUUUAGAACGAAAAAAAAACAAAUCUAUAAAUGUUUCCAAAAAAAGAAAAGAGAUUGACACAAAGUUUAUGCAAAAUAAGCCCCAAGAUCAAAUAAUUAUUUGAAACCUUUCAAAUCCCCAAUGAAUCCUCAUAAAACCUUUCCAAAAGCUUUUCAGUAACUCAACUUGUUUCCCCUUUAUAACUCUAUACCCCUGUUCCUUUUUAUUUAAUACUAAAUAUGUAUGUAUUUAUUUCAACCUACCUCCCUACCGCCCUUAAUCUCUGCAUUCAACAAUGUAUAAGAAGAAACUAUUAAGAAAAAAACAAAAACAAAAAAAUCAUUAAAAAACCUAAAUAAUAUACAUGCAUAUAUACCACAAGAGAAUAAUAAUUUUUAAAUGUAAGCCAGCGAAAAAUUAAAACAAAAAAACAAAAGAGAUUUUCAAAAUUUAUUAUUAUGAUUAUUAUUAUUACUAUUACCUAUUAUAUACGAAACAUAUUCAAAUGCUUUAUUGUUGGUUAUAUUAAAAAAAAAAGAAACACAGAUAAAUAAGAAAAGGAAAAUGAAGUGCUAGAAAAAGGCAAAAUGCAGCAGAUUUUAAUUAGAUUUAUUAUUAUUAUGAUUAUUGUCAUGUAAUUGUGUAUUUAUUAUGAGUAUUGAUAUUAUUUUCUUUUAACAAACAAAGAGGAAAACAGUUGUGUGCAAAAUUAUAGCAGUAUUCAUUAGCAAAGAAGUGUAAAAGAUGAGUAGGUCCUAGCAGAACUUCAAAAAAAGGCGUUUGAUAAACUAAAAAAUCUUUAAGCCUAAGAUAUUUUCUAGAAUAUUUUAAGAAACAUAGCAAAUUAGGAUUUCUCUAAAGGAAAUAUGGCCCUUUUUGUAAAAAGUAGGGUAUAUAUUUCCAUAUAUUCAUUUUUAACAUUCAUUACAAGCUUUGAUCCAUCUUUGUAAUACGAUCUUCCAGAUGGCAAUGCUAGGGUUUUGUCAAUCCAAGACUGUGCCGCUGGCAGCAAUGCCUCGCAUUUGACCUCAAGGUUCAUCAUAGGUAUCCGAUCGGAAACCUCUUCAAUUCCUUCCAGGUUUUCGUAUCGUCGCCACGAUGAUACGACCUGCUCCCAUCCUCAAUCUAUUCUCCCAUAGCCUUAAGUCUCAUAGCCGCAGUGGCUGCCUCACAAUAUGUACAGGUUAUUCCAACUGAUGUCUGAGAGUACUAAAAGGACCAUAUACAGGUAUAUAGUCCAUAAAAAUUUAAUGCGUGUAAAAAAAAUCCUUUCCAAAGAUAUAAAAAACCUAUCAGUUAAAAGGACAAACAACGACAGUGUACAACACACUGCUAGAACAACAACAGCAACAAUCAAUUUAACUAUCUUAAAACUAAAUGCGGCAUAUAAACUAAUUGAACAAUUAUGUAUGGAAUAAUGUC